GUUUUGUGGUCAUAUACUUAUGCUUCCAUCAAUAAAGGAAUGGAGACCAAAAAGUAAGAAAUAAAAAACAAUAAAAAGAAAAAACAAACUUAGCUUCACCAAAGAGCAUGGAAUAUAACCACCUCUUCUCUCUCUCUCUCUCUCUCUCUCCCUCCAUCUCUCCACUGUCACCACCUCAACAAACAAACAUUCCCCUCCCCCUUGCCACAAAAUCAAUCUCCACCAUAAAUUCUAAAUUUCACACGCACACACACAAUUACAUAAACCACAUUUACACCAUGGCACCAUCUUUACCAUGACACCAUGACAACGCCGUUUCCUCAGCCUGAACCCCAACAGCCACCGCCCGAACCCCCCACCGUCCGCAAACUCAUCGUCGAGAUCAUCGAAGCACGUGACCUCCUCCCCAAAGAUGGCCUCGGCAGCUCCAGCGCUUAUGUCGUCGUAGACUUCGAUGGCCAGAAGAAAAGAACGAGCACAGUCACACGAAACUUGAACCCUGUAUGGAACGAGAGCCUCGAGUUUAUAGUCUCGGACCCCAAAACAAUGGAGUUCGAGCAAGUCGAAGUUGAGGUGUUUAAUGAUAAGAAAUUGAGCCACGGGAAUGCCAGGAAGAAUCAUUUUCUCGGGAGAGUUAAGCUCUAUGGGACUCAGUUUGCAAAGAGAGGUGAUGAGGGAUUGAUUUAUUUUGAGUUGGAGAAGAAGAGUGUGUUUAGUUGGAUUAGAGGUGAGUUAGGUCUUAGAAUUUAUUAUUACGAUGAAAUUGUUCAGUCGGAACAAUCUCAUGAGGCGGGGGCUGCUCCUGAUCAGCCACUGCCUCCUGAUCAGAAGCCGCAGCUCAUGGUGGGAGAAGAUGGCAGAGUUAUGGAGAUUCCGAUGCAGAUGCCGGUUCAUACUAUUGAUGAUUCACAGUCACCGCCUUUGGUGACUGUUCAGGAGCAACCGCCAGCUGUCACGGUGCAAAUGGAGCAUCACCAUCAUCAUCAGUAUCAGAACCAGCAUCAGAGGCAAAUGCAGUAUCAUAAUCAGCCUCCGCAGAAUUAUCAGGAUGUGGCUCCGCCUGUGAUGCAGCAGGAUGUUCAGCCUGAGGCGAGGAAUGAUCACGAGAGAGUUAGGGUCUUGAGACGGCCUAAUGGAGGAGAUUACUCGCCUCGGGUUAUUACAGGGAAGAAGUUGAGUGAAUCCGAGAGGAUUCAGCCGUAUGAUUUAGUUGAGCCGAUGCAGUACUUAUUUAUUCGAAUUGUGAAAGCUCGGGGACUUUCGCAGAACGAGAGUUCCUAUGUCAAGAUUCGGAGUUCGAAUCAUUUAGUUCGGUCUAAACCGGCUAGUUUUAGGCCAGGGGAGCAGGCACCAAUUCCAGAAUGGAAUCAGGUGUUUGCUCUUGGUUAUAAUAAGGAUACGGCUAAUUCGACGUUGGAGAUCUCUGUUUGGGAUGGAUCUUCGGAGCAAUUUUUAGGUGGAGUUUGUUUUGAUCUUUCGGAUGUUCCUGUUCGUGAUCCGCCUGAUAGUCCUCUUGCUCCUCAGUGGUAUCGUCUUGAAGGCGGAGAUGAUCCGAACUCUGCUAGAGUUUCUGGUGAUAUACAGUUGUCUGUUUGGAUUGGUACUCAGGCUGAUGAUGCUUUUCCAGAGUCGUGGAGCUCGGACUCGCCUUAUGUUACUCAUACGCGCUCUAAAGUUUAUCAAUCACCGAAGCUUUGGUAUUUGAGGCUCACGAUACUUGAAGCUCAAGACCUUCAAAUUGCUCCUAAUUUGCCUCCGCUGACAGCCCCGGAGAUUAGAGUGAAAGUUCAACUGGGAUUUCAGUCGGUUAGGACAAGACGAGGCUCGAUUAAUCAUCAUGGUUCGUCGUUUUUCUGGCAUGAGGAUGUCAUCUUUGUUGCUGGUGAGCCACUUGAAGAAUCAUUGAUACUCCUGGUGGAAGAUCGGACUGGGAGUGAUCCAGCACUCCUUGGACAUGUCAUGGUUCCUGUGGGAUCAAUUGAGCAGCGUUUGGAUGAACGACACGUACCUUCUAAAUGGUUUGGGUUGGAAGGCGGAUCUGGUGGAUCUUAUCCAGGUCGAAUUCACCUAAGGAUGUGUCUUGAGGGUGGGUAUCAUGUUCUUGAUGAGGCAGCUCACGUGUGCAGUGAUUUCAGGCCUACUGCUAAGCAAUUGUGGAAGCCUGCUGUUGGGAUUUUGGCGCUUGGCAUACUUGGAGCUCGUGGAUUGCUUCCGAUGAAAUCCAAGGGCGAAGGGAAAGGCUCUACUGAUGCUUACUGUGUGGCAAAGUAUGGGAAAAAAUGGGUUCGUACUAAAACCAUUACUGACUGUUUUGAUCCACGUUGGAACGAGCAAUAUACCUGGCAGGUGUAUGAUCCUUGCACUGUCUUGACAAUUGGCGUGUUUGACAACUGGCGUAUGUUUGCUGACACGUCGGAUGAAAAGCCUGAUUAUCGGAUAGGAAAAGUGCGUAUACGUGUUUCUACAUUGGAGAGUAACAAAGUGUACACUAAUUCAUACCCUCUUUUGGUUUUGCAAAGAACAGGGUUGAAGAAAAUGGGUGAAAUUGAAAUUGCAGUUAGGUUUGCCUGUCCGUCGUUGUUGCCUGACACGUGUGCGGUUUAUGGACAGCCGUUACUUCCAAAAAUGCACUACUUACGUCCUCUUGGGGUGGCUCAACAGGAGGCGUUACGUGGUGCUGCUACUAAGAUGGUGGCAGCUUGGCUAACGCGAUCAGAGCCACCACUUGGUCCUGAGGUGGUUCGGUACAUGUUGGAUGCUGAUUCCCAUACAUGGAGCAUGAGGAGAAGCAAGGCCAAUUGGUUUCGGAUUGUGGCUGUACUUGCCUGGGUUGUUGGCUUAGCGAAAUGGCUGGAUAAUAUUCGAAGGUGGAAGAAUCCUGUCACUACAGUUUUGGUUCAUAUGUUGUAUUUGGUGUUGGUUUGGUAUCCUGAUCUGAUUGUGCCAACAGGGUUCUUGUAUGUGUUUAUGAUCGGUGUAUGGUACUACCGGUUUAAGCCUAAGAUACCAGCCGGAAUGGACACCCGAAUAUCUCAGGCUGAAACGGUCGACCCUGAUGAAUUGGAUGAAGAGUUUGAUACGUUUCCAAGUUCGAGGCCACCUGAAAUAAUACGCAUGAGGUACGACAGGUUGAGAACAUUGGCAGCACGGAUUCAGACCGUGUUGGGUGAUUUCGCCACACAAGGCGAAAGAGCUCAGGCGCUAGUGAGCUGGAGGGACCCGAGGGCCACGAAAAUGUUCAUAGCAGUGUGCCUGUCUAUUACCAUUGUGCUAUAUGUGGUUCCAGCCAAAAUGGUAGCCGUGGCACUUGGAUUCUAUUACUUGAGGCACCCAAUGUUCAGGGACCCCAUGCCCCCAACUAGCUUAAACUUUUUCAGGAGACUACCUAGUUUGUCCGAUCGAUUAAUGUGAUAAAUUAGUAGCUUAUAUUAGAUGAUAUGUAAGGGUCCCUUGAUUUGUGGGACUGAUGGAGGGGAGGAUUUGAUAGAGCUGAGUUACAGUGUUGUUUGUGAUGAUAAAAUGGGGCUUUUACAACUUAGGGAGAUGUGAGAAAAGUGAGGUUAAUACAUGUGGGAGGGCAUCCUUUUUGUAUUUGUUGACUAGCUAAUUGAAUAAGGUUAAAGAAGAGGGCCUGAUGGUAGAAAAAAUAGAGCAAGAUUGGAGGAGAGAUAUGUAAUGCCAGUGAAUUUGCAGUCAUUUUGUCCCGGAAAGCAUUGACAUUACAAAUUCAUUA